GUUUUUGGUGGAAGACCCUUCACAGAGAAGUGUUUGGCAAGGAAAGGGUUAAGGAGUUUGUUGGGUCCAGAUCGAUGCCCCCUCUCCCACACGUCGCCAUGAACAAAUGAAUUCGCGGGGAAUUAAAUAUCAAUUUCACAAAGGAGAAAGAGUCCUGUGCUUUGAACCCGACCCGACCAAGGCUAAAGUGUUGUAUGACGCUAAGGUCAUUGAUGUCUUGAUAGGUACAGAUGAACAUGGAAGAAGAAUCCCAAAGUACCUGAUUCACUUCAACGGUUGGAACAGGAGCUGGGAUCGUUGGGCUGCAGAAGAUCAUGUCCUAAGGGACACUGAGGAAAACCGUAGAUUGCAACAUAAACUGGCUCGCAAAGCUCUAGGUCGCAUGAAGAGAAAGGGAUGGGCGAAGAGGCGUCGUCGUCAGUCUGGUACUAAAUCUUCUCUGAAGACUCUCCCUAAGGAGGACGACAGUGAUGACGCAUGUUUGAUUUCGUCUUCAGAGAGCAGUGACGGCGACGAUUCUGACCCUGAAUCUUCAAAUAGCGGGGACAGCACCUUCUCUGAGGACAUCAACAAAAUGAGGGUUGAGCCGGACAUUAAUGUCAAGAGAGAAUGCGAGGAGAAGAUUGUCCAUGUUGACAUCAACAUCCCCGAUAUUCUGAAGAAGAAACUGGAGGAUGACUGCUUUUACAUCAACAAGAGGAAAAAGCUGGUGAUGGUUCCCUGUCAGACGAAUGUGGUGCACAUCUUGGAGUCCUAUGUGAAGCACUUUGCCAUCAACAAGGCAUUCAUGGCCAACGAGAGGUACCGGCGUCAGCAGAACACCACACAGAACAGCAGCCCGCAGCCAGUUCCUCCGGAGAAAAGUGAGGAGUUGUGUAAGGAGAUGGUCGACGGCCUGAGGAUCACAUUUGACUUCACCUUACCCAUGAUCCUCCUCUACCCAUGUGAGCAAGCUCAGUUCAAAAAAGUCAGCUCCUCCAGGGUCUUCCUGGCCAUCAAUGAAAGCUCCCCCUGCUCCAGCAACGCCCAACGAGAGCGCAGCCCGAGUCCGCUGGGGCACAACCCACCCACCCCCCAGUCCACAGACAGCCAACCAGCGCUGAGCGACACUUCUGCCACCACGCCCACUGCUCCAGCCCCCACCCCGAAGCGGCGGCGUCACCCUGACAUGGACUGUAUCUCAUACCAGUCGCAGUCGCUCAGGCGCUCCACCAGGAACACGUCUGGAGGUGACCGGCCAGCUGAAGGAAGCAGUGGAGGUGGAGGAAGUGCCACAGCGUCACCGCAGCUCAAACGCCGUUCAGUCGACACCUCGUCCCAGCCCAAGUUCUUCCUCAAUCUCGACAGAAAAACGCCAGUGCACAGUGGCUCAUCUUCCCCGUUGCCCUUGACGCCAAGCAAAGAGCGAAGUGGGCCUUUCUAUGGCCUGGAGAGCCGGAGGAACAAUGAGCUCAAUGAGGUCCUGAGUUGGAAGCUGACUCCUGAUAACUACCCUCUGAAUGACCAGCUUCCUCCACCCUCCUACCUGUAUGGAGCGCAACACCUCUUGCGGCUUUUUGUGAAGCUUCCUGAGAUCCUUGGAAAGAUGCAGAUCCCUGAGAGGAAUCUCCGAGCGCUGGUCAAGCACUUGGAACUCUUUCUCAGGUUCAUGGCAGAGUUCCAUGAGGAUUUUUUCCCUGAGUCUGCAUACGUGUCAGCAUCGGAGGCCCACUACAGCAUGAAACAACCAAGGCCGGUGUACUGAAGGAGACAUCGGCCACUCUGUUCCCUUCUGUUACUUGUGUCUACCCUGACUGACCCCUGAGCUUGUCUAGACUGACCUGUCUGGGCUUGUGUACAGAGGACUAAAUAGCAGCUGUAUUGUUUUCCUGGACCAACCUUUCUUCUUCUCAGGCCUAACAUUAGUUUUCCUGCUGUUGCCGCGUGCAACCAGUUGCAACGGCCACGCCGCUAACCUUCACCCAUGCUCUGUCUGUGGGCCUGUCCUGCAUGUCAAGCCACCCUGCGCUGCUCUGCUUCACUGUCCGGCUCCGAAGCAUGUCGAGCGCUGUUUGUUGGCAUGCGGUAACUUUUUGGAGGCGUGAGAUUUAGGAGACAGCUGCUCAUCCGCUUCUCUGCGACCUGGCCUGUCCUUUUUUUUUUAAAGGCAAGCCGAGGCUGGAACGUUCUCCAGGCUCUCAGGUUUUAGAGGCUGGCCAAAACAAAAUUGUUUUGAAUCGCUCAGCUGAGGAAUUCAACACAAUCACACGCUUUCUGACUUCGUCGCUCUUCAGAGUCACAGUUUUUGAACAUUGUGGCAGAGAAGGGAAAGAGACACAGAUUGAAAAUCCCUGUGUUCUUGUUCUACCCGCAUUACUAAUUUUGGAUACUCUUUUGGGCAUUGUGUGCUUGUUUGCCUGUUUGGUCGCUUGGCCCCCUUUAUGUUGUGACUUCCUGUCAGCGCCUUCCAUGCAGUGCUGCCAGUGAUGCUCGUCCGGAUAUGAUUCCUCUGGAGCCACAGUAGGACUUACUCUUCUUAUCCCGGAGAUGCUUCACUGCUUUGAGCAAUUCUAACUGACUGACUCUGACUCGGGAAUGUUGGUUUUCCUGUGGAUUGUACAGUUUUUGAAUAUGUUUUAUCCACUCAGAGUCCAGAUUUUCUUAUUUCUUGCUGUGCUUUUCAUGUUGUCCUGUGCAUGUCUGAUAAAUGUCUAACAGCUUCUUUUUUUCCUCCUGCCUGUUGCUCUCACUGUGGCUGCCCUCUUACACAAAGGAUAAGGCACAAUUGCGCUGUGUACAACAUAUCCAAAAGCAAACCAUGAGUUGUCCCGUCAUUUUCACGCUCGUCACACAGGUAAUCCUGACAUUCAGUUAAAGAGGUUGUUGGUGUUUGCAAAUACUAAAAACACCAGCAUGGUUCAUCGUGCAACAGAAAGAUGAGACAAUCUCUCGAAUGUGUCAAAAACAAAUUUAAAGUACAUUUGUGUGAUUUACAAUGUAACCACUAAUGCAGGGAUACUGAGGAGUUACUUUUAAAUGCAGCAAAAGCAAUUGCCGUGGUUACCCAUCAUGACAUUGUGAAAAUGUAAGUACAAAACACCUGUUGAUCGCUGUUAUUUAUUUGUCUUUGCACACCGCUGCAUCACUCUUUUCAUGUGUUUUCUGUUGAAUUGGUAAUAAAACACUUGACACAGCC